UAACGCCCCUUGCUUGAUUUCAUCAUCCUCUUCCCAUCUCUCUUUUCUUGUUCCUCUCGAGAGAUCCCUUUUCUCUCUUCUCUUUUUUCUCUUGGGUGGAGACGUCUCCUUCCAUUGCAAUCAGAAAAUAUCAUUCAGUUGGAUUUUUUUGGAGGAGGCUGAGAGGAGGCCUCUGAAAACUCUAUUGCAGUUAUCUAGUCUGCGCGUUUUUAUUGAUCAGAGGAAGAGAAAGAGUUAUUAUGCAGGCAGAUCAGUCCAUCAAUUUGCGGCCAGGAGGAGGAGUUAAAGGGCGUUCCUUUGGAACUCGUUUUGACUCCAGCGUUGUAUUUUCUGCUUCAGCCGGCGCUGCUGCUGCUUCUGGCGAUUCGAACUAUGGAUCUCAGGGUUUGCGACCUCAGGCCUUUAAAAUGGCAGAUUCAAGGUUUGAGAGUCGUGAACGAACACGAUAUACACGAGAGCAGAUACUGCAGUUACAAGAUGUGGCAAUUGUAAGCACACCUGAUGAUAUUCUGAAAGCCAGACAGGACAUAGAAUCAGAGCUACUUGUCAGUGAUGAGCCUGUCUGGGGCCGCAGCGAUGUUAAUGCACCAGCACAAUCCAAUAUACGAUAUGCAGAGCCUGAUAACCGUGAUUGGCGAGGUCGGGCACCACCACCGACUCCUGGUCCAGAGGAAAGGCCAUGGGAAACACUUCGUGAAAGCAAAGAAUAUUCUGCUCGUAGAUCAGAGGAUUCAUAUGGAUUAAGUUCAAGGCAACAGGAAUCUGGUUACCAGUCUGGUCGCCAGGAGCAAGUGAACACACAGUUUCCCAAACAUCAAGUCACAUCAACUCCGGGGGGGGGGCCAGCUCCUGCCCUAAUAAAGGCUGCUGCUCCAUGGUCUGCUAGGAGGGGGACUGUGUCAGAGAAGGAUAAAGUUCUAAAAAAUGUUAAAGGGAUACUCAAUAAGCUGACUCCAGAAAAGUUUGAUGUUCUUAAAGAGCAACUCAUAAAUGCAGGGAUUACCUCAGCAGAUAUUCUGCAGGGUGUGAUAUCACUCAUAUUUGACAAGGCAGUGUUGGAACCAACGUUCUGCUCAAUGUAUUCCAUGCUGUGUCAGGAUCUGAGUACUGCGUUACCUCAAUUCCCUUCUGAUGAUCCGGAUGGAAAACCUAUAGCUUUCAGGCGGAUUUUGCUUAAUAUUUGUCAAGAAGCAUUUGAAGGUGCAGAUGCUCUCCGGGAUGAGAUCAAACAGAUGACAGCCCCGGAGCAAGAAGCAGAACGCCGAGACAAGGAGAAGAUGGUUAAGCUGCGCACUCUGGGAAACAUAAGGUUUAUCGGAGAGCUUUUUAAACACAAGAUGAUACCUGAAAAAAUUGUUCAUCACUGUGUUCAGGAAUUAUUAGGUCUGGAUUUAAAAGCUCCUCCAGCUGAGGAGAAUGUGGAGGCCCUUUGCCAUCUGUUCAACACAGUUGGCAAACAGCUUGAGGAAAACCCAAAGUCACGCAUUAUCAAUGAUUCUUAUUUUGCUCGGAUGAAGGAACUGGGCAAUAAUCCUCACUUAGCAUCUAGAAUGAGGUUUAUGGUUCGUGAUGUUUUAGAUUUGCGCGCUAAUAAAUGGAUUCCUCGACGUGAAGAGGUUAAAGCAAAAACCAUAAAUGAAAUCCAUUCUGAAGCUGAGCAAAAACUAGGUUUAAGGCCUGGAACAACCAAUAUGCGUAAUGGUCGUGGUGCACCUGGUAUGGGUUUGAAUGCAGGGAGCAAUUUUGGUGUUGGACGGCCUGGUGGAAUGAUGCCCGGAAUGCCUGGAAUGCCUGUUAUUCCUGGAACUCGAAAGAUGCCUGGUAUGCCUGUAACAGAUCCUGAAGGAUGGGAGUUGUUUUCUCGCAAUCGGAUUGGCAGCAAAAAUGAAACUUUGAUGUCGUCGCCUGUUGGGAAUCCCAGUCAAGGGCGUACACAAGCACCGGUUUUAAAGCCUUCAGUAGGUAACGCUAAAUUGUUGCCACAAGGUACUGGAGGGUUUCUUACUGGUAAAUCAAGUGCAUUAUUGCAGAAUUCAGCUGCUAGGCCAUCCUUGGUGCCCAAUGUAGGAACACCUGAGCCUCUUGGAGGACCUAGAUCUUCCAAUCCUUCAGGAAUUUCUAGAGUUGAAGUGGAAAAAGAUAUAUUUUCAGCACCUCCGCCUGUUACUGAAAGACCUGUAUCAGCAGGAAAACCGCCAAGUGAGGUGCUUCAUAAAAAAACAAUAUCUUUGUUGGAGGAGUAUUUUAGUAUUCGUGAUACUAAAGAAGCAAAGCUUUGUGUUGAGGAGUUAAAGUGGCCUAGCUAUUAUCCUGAAUUUGUCCACCAGGCAGUUAUGUUGGCAAUAGAAAAGGGUGAACGUCACGUUGAAUCAAUUAUAACUCUUUUAGAGUACCUUUAUGCUCAAAAGACACUUUCAGAUAGAGACAUAAAGGAUGGAAUAAUUCGUAUUGCUGAGGAGUGCGAUGAUAUAACCAUUGACAUACCAUUAGCACCAAAGCUUCUUGGGGAGAUAGUAGGAAAACUCAGCUUUACAGGCGCAACAGAUCUGAGGUUGCUAAAAGAAGCAAUGUUAAAGGUGGAAGAUGUACAGGUCAGGAGAACAAUUUUGGAAGCAGCCCAGCGAACUAUAAGAUCAAAUCCAUCUGCCGAAAGAGUAUUGGGUUCUCAGAGUGGUGAUCUCGGAGAGUGUGAGAAGCUUAUUGCAUAAAAAAACCCUCCUUGGUAACCCUUUGGUUGUGUAGGGUUUCAUAUGGAAAUAUGUUAAUAACUUUAUUUGGCAUAUGUUUUUCCUGGUACAUUCAGGUAUAGUUUACUGGAAUUUUAUCUAUUAAAAUCUAAGAAAAGGGAUGGCAAAUCUGGCUAAUUAGAGUGCAGAAUACUACUAAGGUGCUCUGAGAAACUCUUUAUGAACAUGUUAUUAUGAGUUGUAUAUUUUUCGAGGUCAUUUGAGUUAUUUUUCUAAAAGAAAGCAUGUCAUUUGUUCGUUAGAUAUUUUGCAGUUUGAGGACAUAUUUUAUCAUGAAAUGUAAUUUUUGAACUUAUAAAGCUAUUUUAGUGGGCCUAAUGGAGGUUUUUUUC